GGAGUGCGCUUUCGUUCCGUGCUACGGCGCGCUCUGGAAUACAGGAGCAACCCCCCGUGGCUGCCAACGCUUUCUCCAUCGGUCGUUGCAUGCGCAAUAGACGACUCAGAUGUCGAUUCCGCCUGUGCUGAAUUAGUUCGCAUCAAUUGCUGGCGUCUCCUUUCUGCGGGCGGGCACGAAAUAGGCUGCUCUUCCUCCUCCUCCUCUCCUGUGGCCCCGUCUGGAUGCCCUGCGUCCUCUCCGUCUCUCACCUGUAACAGAGGAACGGAACAGCAGCCAUGACAGACGCCGUGAUGGGCAUGAGGGGCGUCCACGCCAAGGGCAACUGGAGCACAGCGGCGGCUCCCAGCCCGGGCCCCGACCUGACAGACGAGGAGAAGGAGAUCAUCAACAGCGUGAUCGCCCGCGCCGAGAAGAUGGAGGCCAUGGAGCAGGAGAGGAUUGGGCGGCUGGUGAACCGGCUGGACGACAUCAAGAAGACGGUGUGCGGGGACGGCGUGUCCCGCUGCCUGCUGUGCGGUCAGCAGCUGGGCGUGCCCGGGGUCAGCUGUGUGGUCUGUGAAGACUGCAAAAAGAGCAUGUGCUCCAAGUGUGGGGUGCAGGCCAGCAGUAAACCCCGCGCCGUGUGGCUCUGCAAGAUCUGCAGCGAACAGAGAGAGGUGUGGAAGCGAUCAGGAGCCUGGUUCUUUAAAGGCUUCCCCAAGCAGUUCCUGCCCUCGCCCAUGCCCAUGUCCAAGCAGAACAACACGCCGGGGGCCUCAGAGAGCCAAGCCCAAGCCCAAGCCCAGGCUCCUGCUGCUGCUGCUGCCUCUCAGCCUCACACACAGGCCAAAGACACGGAGGUGUCGGGGCGUGCUGGUCACCCACCCGUGGCGGCGAAGCCCAGCGUGGCCCCCAAACCGACGCUGGCGCCCAAGCCGGCCGAGCCCUACGCGGCGGCGGAGGAGGACAGCCCCGUGGUGAUGAAGAGGGCCGUCACCGUCCAGAGCUCCAGGCCCGGCCCCGCCGCGCAGGCCCCCCCGGCCCAGCAGGAGGCCGGCGCGGGAGGUUACGCGGCCGGCGGCCUGCAGCGAGAGCAGACAGCGCCCCCCGCGGCCCGGGAGGAGAGGAGGCAGCCCGCCGCCGCCUUCAACGCCCCGCCGCCCGCCCGCCAGCCCCAGCCGCGCCAAGAGGAGGCCGAGGACGACGUCAACGACUACGACUCCGACGAAGGAACUACGCUGGGUGCCCUUGAGUUUAGCCUUCUGUAUGAACAGGAGAGCAACAGCCUCCACUGUAACAUCAUUAGGGGCAAGGGUCUGAAGCCCAUGGACUCCAAUGGACUGGCUGACCCCUAUGUCAAACUGCAUCUGCUGCCUGGUGCCAGCAAGGCGACCAAGCUGCGCACGAAGACCCUCCGCAACACGAGGAACCCCAACUGGAACGAGACGCUGGUGUACCACGGACUCACCGAGGACGAUUUGCAGCGCAAAACCCUCAGGCUGUCCGUGUGCGACGAGGAUAAGUUUGGGCACAACGAGUUCAUCGGUGAGACCAGGGUGCCACUGAAGAAGCUGAAGAUGAACCAGAAGAAGAACUUCAACAUCUGCCUGGAGAGAGUGAUCGCUACAAAGAGAACCGCCACGGCUGGAGGCGCUCGCGGCAUCGCGCUCUACGAGGACGAGCCGGGGAAGGAUGGAGAGGUGGAGGAGCGCGGUCGUAUCCUCAUCUCUUUGAUGUACAGCACUCAGCUGGGCCGCCUCAUCGUCGGGGUGGUGCGCUGCGUUCACCUGGCCGCCAUGGAUGCCAACGGAUACUCUGACCCCUUCGUGAAAAUUUACCUGAAGCCUGACAUGGGGAAGAAGGCUAAACAGAAGACUCAGAUCAAGAAGAAGACCCUGAACCCUGAGUAUAAUGAGGAAUUCAGCUAUGAAAUCAAACACGCAGAGCUGGCCAAAAAGACCCUGGGCAUUUCCGUUUGGGACUACGACAUCGGCAAAUCCAAUGACUACAUCGGCGGCUGCCAGCUGGGCAUCACGGCCAAAGGCGAGCGCCUGAAACACUGGUACGAGUGCCUCAAGAACAAGGACAAGAAGAUCGAGCGCUGGCACACCCUGCUCAACGAGAACCACGACACCAGUGAUUAAGGGGCGGGCUCCGUCCACCCCCCCCUCAUGCCCGCCUUGCAUGAUGUCCACCCCUACUGACCAACGUCCACCCAUCGCCUCCACCGACCGCACCAUGCCUCUCCACCUCUGGCUGACCCCAGACCUCCACUGUUGACCAUGUCCAGCCCUGCACUCCUUAAACUAACUAGCACUCGUAUCUACUUUGGUCUCCUUUUUGACUCCAGUGUCCUGCAUCCUUCUAACAGUGGACUGACUCUAAACCACUGCUGCACUGAGCAACCCCCUAUCCCAUAAACACCAAGCGGCCCUCUUACGGUCGCGUCUCUCACAGCUCCGACCGCCAUCGCUGGGUAAUGUGCAAUCACUCCUGAAAUACUCCAGAAUGUAUUCAUUGUCAUGAAACCAACAGAGACAGAGAGAGAGAUAGAGAAAAAGAGAGAAAAAAGAGAGAAAAACGAGAGAAAAAAGAGAGAAAAGUAGAGAUGUCAUUCUUAACUGUUGGUGAGGAGAGUAGAGAGACUCAGGGGUGUCCACUGAUUGGUCAGUCGUGGCAUAUGGUCAUACUGUAUCUCCAAAGUUUAUGCUAAAAAAAGAAAACAACACUGAAAGGUUUAAAAGCGACUUCAGAAAACAGCAAGGCUGAGACAAGAGACUGAGCGCACAGUGCACACACACAAAAAAAGCCGACAUAUAGGCUAGGUGUUGGGUCUGCAGUUUACCGCCUGCCCUGAGCCUGACAUGUCGACUUCUCUCAGCUGUCAGGUGUGGAAUGUUGACAUCAGAUGACGAGGCUGACAGGUGGAAAGCACACGAGUCACGUGUCGAAGCACGAACGAGAAGCUAACACCAUUACACAACCGCGUCCUCACCCAUUUAGAGAGAUGAGAGCAUUUUUCUUUUGUACAUUCAAAUGCUUUAUCACGUCUUAGCAACAUGUCAAAAAGAUAUCAAAGAUAAUGGCAUAAAGAGAGAAAUCAAAGCACAGUAAAGAAAAGUGGAGCAUGAUUGACACACAAGUGACAGCCCUGUGCUAUUGUGAUUCAAAUGCAGUGAGCUCUGACUCUUCUCUAGCUUCUUAGGAUUAUUUCGAGACUGUUCUUUCUGGUUUUAGAGUUAACCUGUAGUAGUAAUACUUAGUAAUUAAUUAGCAUCAGGAUUCACAUUGAUUAUGAUAUUUUGUGAUGAUUACUUAGCAUUGUAGAAUGGAAAUACAGUGUAUGUUGUCCAUUUUGCUAUAAGUGCAAAAAAAAGUCAGUUUAUGUUGAAGUUAGCUUUGGACGUACAUGGCCUAGAUGCCCACUUAUGGAGUUAUGCUUGAAGUCAUGUUCCUCAAUGUUAGAUACCUUGACUGAUCUAUGUAGGUGGUUAGAGAGUGGUGAAAACAAUAACAAAAAAAAAAACUCCUGUUGUGUAUAUUACAAAACAACAACAACAACAACAACAACAACAACAAAAACAGGGGAAAAAUCAAUGCACAGAAACUACUGGUUGUUUACAUGAAGCCGUAAAGAGCAAAUUGUCCCUUCUCUCUCUCAGACCUUUUUGGGAGCGGAAAUGUCACAUGAGAUUUUCUACCACAGUGAUUCUACCUGAGCAGAGAGAGGCACACGCCUGCAUAAUCUCAGCGCCACUUGCUCUUACUGCCUUGUCAUUCCUUCUCGGCGGGGGGGAGAAGGAGAGGAAAAGAGAGUGUGUAGAGUCCGACCCGUCACUCGCUCUCGAGAUCCACGGAGUCGAGAGUGCGCUCGACUCUCCCCUGCCCGUUCUUGCAUGCCAAGUGCUUUGUGGCCCUCUCCCCCGUCUGGUGCCUGCGGCAGUCAUGCCAUAUGCUAAGGCAUCCUCCAUCUGAACCCCACCCCUCUGCCCCCAGC